AAGAACUUCUCACAUCUUCAGGAAACAACAAGAACUUUCUCUAAUUUGCUAUCGUUUUUCUAUACAAAAAAAAAACUCACAAAAAAAAAGAAGAAGAAGAUAACACAUAUCCAUCAAACAUUCGAUGGCUUUCAGAGUUUCUCGUAUGCUGCAACCUAUGCAACUCAUCCGGCAAGCGAAACUGUUUGCAACCUCAAAGUCUGCUGAUGUUCCAAAGGGUUACUUCGCGGUGUACGUUGGGGAAAGCCAAAAGAAGAGAUACGUGGUUCCGAUAUCUUUCUUGAGCCAACCAUCGUUUCAAGAUCUGCUAAGGAAGGCAGAGGAUGAAUGUGGGUUUGAUCACCCAAUGGGUAGACUCACAAUCCCCUGCAGUGAGAAAACCUUUGCUGACCUCACCUCCAAUAUCCAAAAUACACAUCUCACUCUAUAGAUUUUUUGUUGUUAGUCACCAUUUUGUACAUAUAAAAGCUCUUUUCCCUAGACUGAUGUAACAUUUUUCCUCGCAUUUCAGCGAGUUGUAAGCUUCUAACUAAUGAAAGAACACGUUCUCAAAGUUCCUAGAUAAUCAAACUCUUGAUGUCUUCAUUUCAGAUUAUGAUGUUUUA